AUGUCCGGCGCCGACAGCUCCUCCAGUAACGAUGCUGGCCGGGUGAUCCUCACCCUGUGCAGUCGUGGCAAUGCCAUCAUCGCCGAGCUGCACCGCCUCGCGGACUACAUCCCUCCGCAGUUCCGCUUCAACCCGUCCACCGCCCGGCAGCUGGCCAUCCUCUUCCCGGACUUCACGUACCUCUCCACGAGCGAGCUCUGCGAGAAGCGCAUCCAAUCGGAUCCCGAGCUGCUCGAGCGCGAUGCCUCCCUGCGGGACUCCCUCUUCGACAUUGUCCAGCGCUUCUAUCUGCUGUUCGAGUCCAUCUACAAGUACUCCGACGAUCUGGUCAAUGUCAUCACCGACCUGCAGGAUGGCGUCUUCGUGCACCAGUCUCUGGAGACCAUGAUGAUCGACUUCAAGGGUCGCCAGCUGCUGGUGGAGGCUCUCUACCUGUAUGGCUGCAUGCUGCUUCUGAUCGACCAGCUGAUUGAGGGCCCCAUCCGCGAGCGUUUGCUCAUCGCGUACCACCGCUACCAGUCCGACCAGGUGGCCGUGUCCAACAUGGUGUCCGUUUGCCAGCUCCUCCAGUCAACCGGCUACCUGCCGGAUCCGAAGGCCAAGCGCCCGGACAACUACCCGGAGGCCUUCUUCGCGCGGUACCGCAUCCCGGUGGAUUAUGUCUCCUUCGCCAUCGAGCGCCUCUGCCUGGAGGACAUCUACAACACGGCGACGCUGCACUACCAGCGCCCGGAGCAUCGGUCGGCCGCCCUGUCGGCCCAGGCGGCCAUGAUGUAUGUGAUCCUGUACUUCGCGCCGGGGAUCCUGAACACCGACCACAUCAAGAUGCGCGAGAUCAUCACCAAGCACUUCCCCCGGGACUGGGUCAUCCCCUACCACAUGGGCAUCUCGGCCGACCUGACCGAGGCCUGGCAGCCGUACAAGGCCGCGUCCAGCGUCCUGCUGGACACCCUGAAGCAGGAGCACAUCGUUCGCGAGGCCAAGAUCUAUGGGUCCUCGGUGGAGAAGCUCAACCGCAUCACCGAGCAGUACCUGAGCGAGGGCACCCUCAGCGAGAAUUACAUCCUGGACAACUCGAGCCAGCUGCUGAACCACCUUCGCGACUGCAAUGUCACCAUUCGCUGGCUGCUGCUGCCGAUCUACGUCCCGAUGACCGCCUCGUGGUAUGACCGGAACUCCAAGGACGAGGUCUUCUCGCUGCGCUCUUUCAACCUGCUGAUCGACGCCAUCGGGUCGCACGGCGUGACCGGCCUCAGCCGGCUGUACGGCUUCAUGAGCGUGCGCGCGCUGCAGUCCUUCAUGUCGGGGCUCGGCCAGCUGAACAAGCAGGAUGCCCGCGCGGUGGCCAGCCUGAACGACACCUCCAAGCAGCUGGAGCCGCUGACGCGCGUGGUGGCCACCUCGCAGCGGCCACUGCGCUUCUAUGCCGGGGCCGUGUCGGCCGCAAGCAAGGCCAUUGCCCUGGUGGGCGAGGUGGUCACCUCCCUGGGGCACCUGCAGAUCCUGCGCCGGCAGCUGGCGCGCGAGCUCUCGGUCCAGGCCCGGCUGGAGGCCACGUCCCUGAAUGAUGUCCGCCACACGCUGGACGCCUCGACCAUGACCGCCGUGCGCCGGCACUACCAGCUGAUGCAGGCGUCCUCCCAGACGGACGUCCUGCACCCGUACCCGGGGAAUGACGACCAUGCGUUGCUCUUCGAGCUGGCCGAGUUCGCCGAGGCGUCCGGCGCGGCCGACCCGCUGGCCAAGAUCCUGACGCAGACCGUGCCGCUGCCCCUGCUGCCUUUCCUGAUUUUCCUCUACGUGCUGAGCCAAAUGCAGCGCCUGACCUUCGACCCGGUGUCCGGCAGCCUGCUGGGCAAGGGUCGCAACUCGCCCGACGGCUCGGCCAUCAUCGUCGGUGUCAUGACUCUGCUUCGCCAGUUCCACUCGGAGACGACGCUCAUCUUCCUGGCCUACGUGGGCCAGUACAUCCGGACCGUUUUCAACCUGGUGGCCAAUGCCACGCCCGAGGAGCAGUCCUUCGGGUCCUGCCCCCCCGAGGUCCCGCUGCUGAUGGAGUUCACCCGCCAGUUCGCCCAGUGGGCCUCCAUCUCGGACAAGACCUUCCGCACGUACAUCCCGGACCAUGUGGCGCACUGCGAAUACUUCUCCGGCGAGAAGGCCCUCACUCGCGUGGAGAAGAAUGCCAACCUGCAGGAGUGGUUCCUCGGCCUGGCGCGGCAGAUCGAGCUGAUGGACCCGAGCAACGCCACGGCCUCCGGACGCUUCAUCGACCAGCUAAUCAAGGCCAUUGACCAGGUGCUGGAGCUGCACCAGCUGGACACGGACCUCACGGCGCGGGCCUUCAUGAUCGAGACCAAGCACGCCAUCGUGCAGAUGAUGCGCACCAUCAACAUCCGCUCGGACAUUCUGACCACCAUCGAGGUGGUGGCCGAUGUGUCGUACAUCUGGGGCGCCAUCGCCUUCCGUUUUGUGCCGAUCUUCCAGGACUUGACCAAGCGGGCCCCCUCCACCGUCAUCAAGCUGCGGGCCCUCUUCCUGAAGCUGGUGUCCAUCCUGAGCAAGCCGCUGGCCCACAUCGAGGAGACCAAGAGCUCGGACAUUGUAUCCGUGUCGGAGUACUACUCCGGCGAGCUGGUGGAGUAUGCGCGCAAGGUCCUGCAAGUCAUCCCGCGCGAGAUGUUCACCCUGCUGCGGCAGAUCGUCGAGCUGCAGACCACCCAGCUCCGGGACGUGCCAGUGCGCCUGGACAAGGACAUCCUCCGGGAGGCGGCGCAGCUGGACGAGCGGUACCGCCUGGCCGGGCUGACGCACUCGGUGGCCGUCUUCACCGAGGGCAUGCUGGCCAUGGAGCGCACCCUGGUCGGUGUGAUCGAGGUGGACCCGAGCGAGCUGCUGGAGGAGGGCAUCCGCCGUGAGCUGGUCGACCAGGUGACCCGCGCCAUGAACCAGGCGCUGGUGUUCCCGGCGCCUGGGCACAGCAGCCGCAAGCUGGACACCUUCGAUCGGACCAUGCUCAACCUGCGGGUGCAUCUGAAUGGCUUCCAGCGGUCCUUCGAGUACAUCCAGGACUACCUGAACAUCUAUGCCUUCCGCAUUUGGCAGGAGGAGCUCUUCCGCAUCAUCCACUACUACGUCGAGCGCGAGUGCAACACCUUCCUCCGGAAGCAGAUCUCCUCCUGGGACUCGAUUUACCAGUCGCGCGAGAUCCCCAUCCCGCACCCGGACUCCACCCUGCCCGGGCCGGAUGGUGCGCGGGCCGUGUGA